AUGAGACCGCCGGGUUUUCAGCCAGCAGCAGCUGCGGCGGCUGACGCUUUGCCAGCUGCUCCUGAUGGACAGCAGGCCGACGAGGGCGAGGAGGAGGCUCGCCCGAGGGUGCUGAAGGCACCUCAUGAGCCCUCUCAGAGGGAGAUCGCCGAGCACGAGGCGAUGGGACACGCGACUUACCGCAGCUGGUGUCGCGUGUGCAUUGCGGCAAAGGGCCAAGGCCAGCCGCAUCUCCGCGCACCGGAGGACGACGAGACGGCGGUGCCGGUGGUCUCGUCCGAUUACGCCUUCAUGGGCCAGGACGACGCGGACACCAUGCCGAUGCUGGUCCUUAGGGAUCGACGUUCGAAGAUGAUGGCAGCGACAUUCGUGGAGAAGAAGGGCGACGACGCCUACGCCAUCAAGUUCUUCGCACGCUUCUUACGGAUCCUGGGCUACAGGAAGAUCGUCAACAAGUCCGACGGCGAGCCAGCGAUCCUGCUGGUCAAGAGGCGUGCGGUGGAGGAGGUUCCUGGCCUCGAGGCCAUUCCCCAGGAGUCGGCACCGGCCGACCAUCAGGCCAAUGGGGAGAUCGAGGUCACGGUGCGCGAGAUCAAGAAGCAGGUGCGAGCGCUCAAGAUGGACCUGGAGUCCAAGCUGGGCGUCAAGGUGGAGGACAAGCACCCAGUGCUAGCGCACCUGCCGGAGCACGCCGCAUCGGUGAUCAACCGAUACAGGCGCGGCCAGGACGGCAAGACCGCUCUUCAGCGGCUCACGGGACGGCAGUGGAGGAAGCCGGUCCCGCUCUUCGGCGAGCGCCUGAUGGUGCGGUUCGCCGGGGAGCGCACGAGGAAGAACGCGCUGGAGGAGCAGAUGGUGGAGGCCCGCUACAUCGGCCACCACCCGCGCGACGGCUCGAUGAUGGUCAUCACGAGCGACGGUGUGAAGAAGGCGGUCGGCUUUCGCAGCCUGCCGCAGAGCGAGAAGUGGAUCACGGCGGGCUGGGACAGCCUGAAGGGCCUGCCGUGGGACGUGGCUCCGCGUGCGGCCAGUGCGCCGCGAGCCAUCGUCGGACCGGGAGAGGCCGGUCCGCCACCGAUUGUGGUGGCGCCGCCGCAGCCGCAGGCGCCGAGGAGGAUGUACGUUCUCAAGGCGGACGUCGAGCGGCUGGGCGCAACGCCGGGAUGCCCAGGGUGCGUCUCGAUCGCCAAGCACGGCAAGGUGCUGGCUGGCCAUGCGCACAACGCGGUGUGCAGCAAGAGAAUCUUCGAAGCGCUGGACGCUGAGGAGGCAGGCCGGGAGAGGACCGGCCAGUAUCGAGAGCGGAGGCAGGGCCAGGAGGCCAGAGUCCGCCCAGCGGCAGCGGCCGCGGCAGGGACCCCUCCGCCGAAGACGGCUCGGAGGAUCACCGAGCCAGUGGCAGCGGCGGCGUCGGCGCCGGCCGCGAGCCGACCAGCAGCAGCGCCAGCAGCAGCGGCGCGCAUGCGAGAGAGCCAGCCGGGAGCAUCAGGCUCCGGCGUGGCGGCUCCUUCAGGAGGAGCGAGCUCCAGUUCGGGAGCAGUGAGAGCGGCAGAGGCCGCCGAGGAUGUCGACAUGACCGCGACCAGGUCGCGGCUGAAGCGCUUGGCGGAGGUGGCCCCGGAUGACGUGCCGGAGGCCCUCGAGCGCGGUGAUCCACAGCCGGCAGACGUGCCGGUACCGGUGGACAUGGAGGAUCUCGCGGCGCAGCCGGCGCCAGCGGAAGGACCUCAGCUGCCAGCUGGAGUGGCAGUCGUGUGGAACGCCAGCGAGGGGAGACACAUGCGGGUGCUCGCUCUCGACGUGGCGUCGAUCGAGCUGGUCGAGCUCGGAGUGCUGACGAGAGCGAAGGCGGAGUUGCUUCCGCUCGUUCGCGAACAGGUCAGCGGCCAUUGGGCCAGUGUCGGCGUGGACAUCGCCGACGAGGAGGUGGACAGCAUCGCCUUAUCGGCGUUGCAGCUGGGCGCCGUGGACGUGGCAGAGGUGUACUCGCCGCAUCGGUUCUCGGCGCGAGCGGCGGAGUUCCAGCUGCGCCCGGGCUUCGCGGCGGACCUGGAGGAACUCAAGGAGGACGGGACGCCGUGGGACUUGCGGCGACCCGAGGACAUCAAGGAGCUCGAGGAGCUGCAGGAGCGGAUGGAUCCCAUCCUGCUUACCGGGUCCCCUCCAUGCGAGAAGUUCAGCUUGCUGAGGGGCCUGAGCGCCAAGUUCAGGACCGAUGAGCAGGAGGCGGCUGAGAUGGAGGAGGCCAGACACCACCUGAAGGUGGCAGUCGACGCCUACUGGCGUCAGCUCAGGAAGCCAGGUAGGUACUUCCUGCAUGAGCAUCCCUGGAGUGCGCGAUCGUGGGAUGAGGACAUCAUCAAGGAGCUGGUCGCGCAUCCAGGAGUCUUCACGGUCAAAGGCCCCAUGUGUCGGUGGGGCAUGAAGCUCACGAACCCACGCAGUGGCCAGGAGGAGUUCGUGCGCAAGGAGACCGGGUGGGUCACCAACCACCCAGGCUUGGCUCGGAGACUGCAGGGCACUUGCAGCAAUGUGGACGGCCGCGCAGAGUGGCAUCGCCACAUCACGCUCGUGGGAGGCAUCGCACGGUUCGCGAAGGUCUAUCCACCGAAGUUGGUGGAGGCGGUGCUGGAGGAGCUCAAGGACACGCUGAACGACGUGGGGGAGCUCAGCACCGCCCAGGUGCAGCAGUCGGGCCCAGUCCCGGUGGACGCGGCGGUGCCGCCCGGGGACUGGACGAGCUACUGGGACGACGUCAACGGCGGCUACCUGGAGGCAGGCCUUGUGGCCCAGGCUCGCGCGGUCGAGCGCGAGUGGGUCAAGAAGCAGGAGCUGAUCGAGAUCGUCCCGAGGUCUCAGGAGUCGCUUCGCAAGAAGGGCAGGAAGCCGGGCAACUUCAAGAUCGGCUUCUUCGACAUCAGCAGGGCGCACUUCUACGGGAAGGCGCAGCGGAGGAUCUUCGUGGAGCUGGAGGAGGAGAGUCGCAAGGAGUACGGCGAGGACAAGUGUGGCUUACUCCUCAAGUCCUGGUACGGCACGCAGGACGCCAGCAAGAUCUGGCAGGGCGACUACACGGAGCUGUUGGAGGAACACGGCUACAAGGCGGGCAUGUCAUGCCCAGCGGUCUUCUACAAGGAGGAGGACGAGACGAGGCUGCUGGGGCACGGCGACGACUUCGCGGUGCUGGCCCAGCAGCAGGACAUUGACAGCUUCGAGGCCACGUUGGGCAAGAAGUACGAGUUCAAGAAGACUGCGAACCUCGGCUUCGACGAGGGCGACGACAAGCAGGCGGUCUUCCUGAAUCGGGUCAUCGAAGACAGGCUGGACUUGGCAGAGGCAUCGAAGACGCUCGCCAGGUCUAUGCAGACGCCGACGGAGGCGAGUUGGCUCAUGCUCAAGAGGGUCGGCCGCUACCUCAAGCGGCAUCCCAGUACGGUGACGGUCUUCACGGAGCAGAAGAUGUUCGACAAGAUCCGAGUGUACGUGGACUCCGAUCAUGCGGGCUGCGCAGUCACUCGGAAAAGUACUGGAGGCUUCGUGGCGAUGCUGGGGCAUCACGUCAUCAAGCACGGCAGCAACUUGCAGUCGACGGUCUCUCUGAGCAGUGGGGAGAGCGAGUACUACGCCCUGGUCAAGGGCGGGAGCGUGGGCCUGGGUCUACACAGCCUCUUCGCAGACUGGGGGCUGGACCUGAAGGUGGAGCUCGCCUCGGAUUCAUCGGCGGCCCGGGGCCACGUCCAACGGCGAGGUCUCGGGAAGAUGCGACAUGUUCAGUCACGAUACCUGUGGAUCCAGGAGCGCGUGGGCAAGGGCGACCUCUCGAUCGCCGCAGUUCCUGGUAAGAACAACGUCGCGGACGUGCUGACUAAGAGCGUGGGCGGAUCUCUCUUGAGGAGACACAUGGCGACGCUCAACAUCUGGGAUCGGGCACCGAGUUCGACCCAGAAGGACAUCAAGUGA